AUGACUGCCAGGCCCCAGACAGCAGACCCAAAGAACAGCAGCACGGUGACUGAGUUCAUCCUCGUGGGCUUUGAGCAGAGCUCCCCUUCCACACGGGCAUUGCUCUUCACCCUCUUCCUGGCUCUCUACAGCCUCGCCAUGGCCAUGAAUGGCCUCAUCAUCUUCAUCACAUGGACUGACCCCAGGCUCAACAGCCCCAUGUACUUCUUCCUUGGACACCUGUCUUUCCUGGACAUCUGCUUCAUCACCACCACCAUCCCGCAGAUGUUGGUCCAUCUGGUGACCAAGAACCANACUGUCUCCUUUGNCUCNUGNNUGACNCAGAUGUACNUNGUNUUUNNNGUGGGUGUGGCCGAGUGCAUCCUCUUGGCUUUCAUGGCCUAUGACCGUUAUGUUGCCAUCUGCCACCCACUGAACUAUGCCCAGAUCAUGAGCCAGAAGGUGUGUGUCAGGCUGGUGUGUUCUUCCUGGAUCUUUGGAAUGGUCAAUGGUAUCUUUCUUGAGUAUAUGUCUUUCAGGAAUCCCUUCUGCAAAGACAACCACAUAGAGAACUUCUUCUGUGAGGCUCCCAUAGUGAUCGCCCUCUCCUGCGGGGAUCCCGAGUUCAGCAUGAAGUUGAUCUUUGUGGAUGCCAUUGUGGUGUUGCUCAGUCCCAUGGUGCUCAUCAUCACCUCCUAUGCCCGCAUCCUGGCCUCCAUCCUACGCAAGGCCUCCUCCUCAGGGAGGGGGAAGACAUUCUCCACGUGUGCCUCCCACCUGACCGUGGUUGUCUUUUUCUACACCUCAGCCAUGUUCUCUUACAUGAAUCCCCGCAGUACACAUGGGCCUGACAAAGACAAACCUUUCUCCCUUCUCUACACCAUCAUCACCCCCAUGUGCAACCCCGUCAUCUACAGCUUCCGCAACAAGGAAAUGAAGGGGGCCAUGGGGCGGGCUCUUGGGGUAGGCAGCCUGGCUCAGGCAGAGUCUGUCUAG